AUGACACCAAGCAAAGAUUCCCCACCGCCAAAUGACACAGGCUCGCCAGGACUCGUAGCACCACAGGCACAACCAAAUCUCUGGACAGUCCAAUACGUUGAUAACAAGGGUAGAGGAGUAAUUGCUUCUCAGAACAUCAAAGCAGGAACUCUUUUGAUCAGCGAACCUCCUCUCCUCACCACGGAUGUCAUCACCUCAGUCGAAAACACAGAGACCGAUCUGGCCAUCCAUCUUCGCACUUUGCCCGCAGAAAAACAACGGGCAUUUUUGAGUCUACACAACAAUUUCCCUGGCCAGGGAAACCCACUCACUAGUAUCAUUCGAAGCAACGGAUACCCUCUUGGAGCUGAUGCAGGAUGCGGAGGUGUUUUUGAGAACAUCAGUCGGAUUAACCAUGGCUGUUUGCCUAAUGCGGUUCAGAACUGGAACGGGUUGUUGGGUGAGGAGGGAGAGGAAACUGUGUACGCAAUUAAAGAUAUCAAGGAAGGCGAAGAGAUCACAACGAGCUAUCUCUCUGGUGGCACCUCCAAAGAACGGCGAGCCGUUUUGAAGCAGUCAUUCGGAUUUGAUUGCACCUGCAAACUUUGUGAUUCUGAUGAGGCGGAUCUCAAGGCAAGCGACGAGAGACUCUCUAGGAUUCAAGAGUUGCAUAUUGAUAUCGGGGACUCGGAAACUGUAAGACAUGACCCUGAGAAGGCUUUGGGCUAUUGUAAGGAGUUGCUGGAGAUCUUGGAGGUCGAAGGUAUCAAGGAUGACAGGGUGAGCCGAGCCUACUAUGAUGCCUUCCAGGUAACGGCGAUGCACUCUGACGCAGCACGAGCUGCUUGGUGGGCCAAGAAGUUCUGCGAAGCGAAGGUUAUUAGUGCUGGGAAAAGCUGUAUUGAUCGUUUGGACAUGAAGCCUUUCACCAAGCGCCCACAGAAACACGACUGCUUCGGCGCCUUCUCUGUUAACUGGAAAACCAAACUUGAAGAACUUCCUAAAGAAAGGGCUGGCGAGGAAUUUGAGAAAUGGCUUUGGAGAGAGUAG